AUGGGUUGCUUUCUAAGCCGAGAAGUGUAUUUACAAGAGAAGAAGAGUACUAAGAAGAAAGAUAGAAGAAAUUCAGUGCCAUAUUCGAGCAAGAAAAACAAAAGAGGUUAUAAUUCUUAUGGCACUGGAUGUACGGACGGCGGAGGUGAUUAUGGUCAUGGUGGUGGUGGUGACGGCGGUGGUGGCAAAGAUGGUGGCAUGGUUCUGAUGUCAGGUGCUGCUGUGGUAGCUUUUAGUAUAUCAGCUGCUGCUGUGAUGGAUGAUGGCGGUGGUGAUUUUGGCGGCGGCGGAGAUUGCGGUGGCGGUGGCUGUGGCGGUGGCGGUUGUGGUGGAGGCGGUGCUGGUUUUCGUACUAGAGACGGUGGCAUUAUAAUUGGGCUGGCGGCAGCGGUGGAGAUUUUGGAGUUGGCGGCUUCGGCAAUGAUGGCGGUGCCGGCAUCCACGGCGGUGAUUGUUGAUAAGCAUUGA